CCCUGGUCCGCUUCCACUCCUCUCGCCCACCCCCGUCGGUGCGUUCUAAUGCGGGCCUGGCUCACAUCGCCCUCUCCACCUCUCGAGGUACCUUGCUUGAUGUGAGAUAAAUGGGUGGGAAGAUGCGGAGCGAGCAAACCUGGAAAAGUGCUGCUUUGGCCCUUUUCUCUCGUCUCCUUUCCCCUUCCCCCUCCCUUUUUCUUUUGCUUCUCUCCUCCACCUUCGGCUUGUGCCUCCCGCCUCUCGAGUCUGGCGGCGUGUCCUCGACGACAUUUCUUUUUCCUUUAUUUCUAUCUAUCGUCCACUUUUCCAAUAUCGAGGUGCUUCCGCCUGUAAUAAUCUUUCCACCCUCUUUUGGCACCACCGUAGCCUCGCAUUCAUUUACCCAACUCGUUUCAUUCCCUCAUGAUUGUUGCCAAUAUCUAAUCGUUUUAGUCUCUCACACGGCUCAGCUCUCCUCAGUCACUCUCUCUGCUGGCUCUCACAGUUUGGCUGCUAUCGCUCCACAUAUAGUCUCGGAUCUCCAACCAGAAAGAAACCAGGAAGAGAGUAAGGAAAAGUAAGAAAGAAAUUCACCAAGAGAGAAACCCCCUUCCGACAAGACAGACACGCCACAGUUGCUCAGUUGCCCACGUCCUGAUGAAGAAUAAAAGCCAUUCCCAUGCUUAUUCAUCACCGGCGUUUCAAUCAAUUGAAUCCUCUUGGGCGACGACACUGAG